CUUUGGCUGCAGCCUGAGCAAGUGUCAACGCGUGACGUCGAUAGUCGCAGCCAGCAGGAAAGCAGGAGGUUUGCUCGCGAAGAAGGCGAAGUAUCUCUCGCCAUCAAUAGUGUCUUCCACCUCGGCUUCUUCUUCUUAAAUCCACCCAGCGAACACAAGAGUCCAGAAGCACGGCGUCGUCGGGCAUGUUAGCGCGGCGUCCGAGCGGAAGUGUCCUGUGCCCACGUCGCGACUAUUAGUCUGUAGACUAGUCCACGCAGACAUGAGCUUUAAGGUUGAUGUGAUGUUUUGGGAUCACUUGCAGGCUGGCAGCUCGGAUGUGGACUGGUGUGAAGGCAACUACCUCAUCUACCCCGGCAUCGCGGAGUUCUACAACACGAUCAGCAACAUUUUGUUUUUUGUUUUGCCGCCCAUAUUAAUGUGCUUGUUCCGCCAAUAUGCAACACAUUUCAACAGUGGGAUUUACCUCAUUUGGACCCUGCUGGUGGUGGUCGGUAUCGGAUCCACGUACUUCCACGCCACCCUCAGCUUCCUGGGGCAGAUGCUGGACGAGUUGGCCAUUUUAUGGGUGCUAAUGUGUGCCAUUGCCAUGUGGUUCCCCAAAAGAUACCUCCCCAGGAUGUUCAGGAGGGACCGGUCAAGGUUCAAAGUGGUGAUUGGCAUCUUGUCAGGGAUCACCACCGGGUUGGCCUUUGUGAAGCCUGUUGUCAACUCCCUGUCGCUCAUGACUCUGGGCAUCCCCUGCACAGUGCUGCUCAUCACCGAGCUUAAAAGGUGUGAAAACCCACGUGUGUUCAAGCUGGGCCUGAUCUCAGGGAUCUGGUGGGCGCUGGCUCUGCUCUGCUGGAUCAGCGACAAGAUUUUCUGUGAAAUGUGGUCGUCCGUCAACUUUCCCUACCUGCACUGUGCCUGGCACAUCCUCAUCUGCCUGGCCUCCUACUUGGGCUGCGUUUGCUUCGCCUACUUCGACGUGGCUUACGAGGCCCCCGAGCGAGGCCCCGUCAUCAUGUUCUGGCCCAACGAGAAAUGGGCCUUCAUCGGCGUCCCGUACGUCUCCUUCCUCUUCGUGCACAAGAAGUCCACCAUCAAGGUGACUUAAGGUCGCCCGCACUUUAAGCUUCAUCACCAGAGGGCGUGGCCCGCCGUUGGACGGCACAGGUGGUCUUUAUUACUCAGCAGUGCUACUGCCAGCAACACGUGCCACUCGCCAUGUGGCGGAAACCCGCAUGCGAUCAUCCAUGAAAGUAUUAUGCAUUUGAUGCUUCAGUCCAGGUGGUUUUAGCUGCCACGGGAGCUCAGAAGUGCAAAGUAUUCCACUGCCUUUACGCACCUUUGCAUCUCUCGGGUGCAGUAAACCAGCAUUAGUGGCGGGACUCUGUUGUUAGUCCCAGCAUGCUUCCAUCCAAGAUGAUUGAUUGGAAACAUAUUCUUCUAUUUUAUGAAUAACCCAUCAUAUUGGCCAAUGAAUGAAGAGCCAUGUGACCAACUGGAAGGUAAACUGAAGGGUCACACAUUUGCUUUUAUUGACAAAUAGCAGACAUUUCAGGUCAAUCAUGUUUUUUUUAUUUUAUUUUUUUAUUAUUUCUUAAGCUAGAAGUAACUUUGUCAUCCUUUUUUUUUUUUGUUCGAUCUUGUGUUUGAUUUAUUGAUCAUACCAUGUUCUCUAGGGCAGGGGUCACCAACCUUUUUGAAAGCAAGAGCUACUUCUUGGGUACUGAUUAAUGCGAAGGGCUACCAGUUUGACACACACUUAAAUAAAUGACCAGAAAUAGCCAAUUUGCUCAGUUUACCUUUAACUCUAUGUUAUUAUUGAUCCAUCCAUCCAUCUUCUUCCGCUUAUCCGACAUCGAGUCGCGGGGGCAACAGCCUAAGCAGGGAAACCCAGACUUCCCUUUCCCCAGCCACUUCGUCUAGCUCUUCCCGGGGGAUCCCGAGGCGUUCCCAGGCCAGCCGGGAGACAUAGUCUUCCCAACGUGUCCUGGGUCUUCCCCGGGCCUCCUACCGGUUGGACGUGCCCUAAACACCUCCCUAGGGAGGCGUUCGGGUGGCAUCCUCGCUCCACAUCUGGCUCCUCUCGAUGUGGAGGAGCAACGGCUUUACUUUGAGCUCCUCCCGGAUGGCAGAGCUUCUCACCCUAUCUCUAAGGGAGAGCCCCGCCACACGGCGGAGGAAACUCAUUUGGGCCUCUUGUACCCGUGAUCUUAUCCUUUCGGUCAUGACCCAUGACCAUACGUGAGGAUGGGAACGUAGAUCGACCGGUAAAUUGAGAUCUUUGCCUUCCGGCUCAGCUCCUUCUUCACCACAACGGAUCGGUACAACGUCCGCAAUACUGAAGACGCCGCACCGAUCCGCCUGUCGAUCUCACCAUCCACUAUUCCCUCACUCGUGAACAAGACUCCUUGAUACUUGAACUCCUCCACUUGGGGCAGGGUCUCCUCCCUAACCCGGAGACGGCAUUCCACCCUUUUCCGGGCGAGAACCAUUGACUCGGACUUGGAGGUGCUGAUUCUCAUUCCGGUCGCUUCACUAUUGAUAACUAAGUAUAUUUAUCUUUGUGGGAACAUUGAUCAUCUUAAUGAUUUCUCACAAUAAAAAUAUAUAGAAACAGAUAAAUAUCAACAACAACAAAAAAAGGGUAUUUCUGUCUGUCAUUCCGUCGUACAUUUUUUUUCCUUCUACGGAAGGUUUUUUGUAGAGAAUAAAUGAUGAAAAAAAACACUAAAUUGAUCGGUUCAAAAGAGGAGAAAACACAAAAAAAAGAAAUUAAAUUUUGAAACCUAGUUUCUCUUCAAUUACGUCUCUUUACAAUUCAACCAAAAAAAAGAAGAUAAAAACUAGCUAAUUCAAAUCUUUUUGAAAAAAUUUAAAAAAAGUAUUUAUGGAACAUCAUUAGUCAUUUUUCCUGAUUUAGAUUAAUUUUAGAAUUUUGAUGACAUGUUUUAAAUAGGUUAAAAUCCAAUCUGCACUUUGUUAAAAUAUAUAACAAAUUGGACCAAGCUGUAUUUCUAACAAAGACCAAUCAUUAUUUCUUCUAGAUUUUCCAGAACAAAAUUUUUUAAAGAAAUUCAAAAGACUUUGAAAUAAGAUUUAAAUUUGAUUCUACAGAUAUUCUAGAUUUGCCAGAAUAUUUUUAUUUUAUUUUAAUCAUAAUAAGUUGGAAGAAAUAUUUCACAAAUAUUCUUUAUUGGAAAAACAGAAGCUAAAAUGAAGAAUUAAAUUAAAAUUCAUUUAUUAUUCUUUACAAGAAAAAAUAAAUUUAAUUGAACAUUGAUUUAAAUUGUCAGGAAAGAAGAGGAAGGAAUUUAAAAAGGUAUAUGUCUUUAAAAAUCCUAAAAUCAUUUUUAAGGUUGUAUUUUUCUCUAAAAUUCUUUCUGAAAGUUAUAAGAAGCAAAGUAAAAAAAUAAAUGAAUUUAUUGAAACAAGUGAAGACCAAGUCUUUAAAGUAUUUUCCUGGAUUUUUAAAAUUCCGUUUGAGUUUUGUGAAGUGAAUUAUAUUUAUAUAGCGCUUUUUCCCUAGUGACUCAAAGCGCUUUACAUAGUGAAACCCAAUAUCCAAGUUACAUUUAAACCAGUGGGAGCAGGUGGGUAAAGUGUCUUGCCCAAGGACACAACGGCAGUGACUAGGAUGGCAGAAGCGGGAAUCGAACCUGCAACCCUCAAGUUGCUGGCAGGGCCGCUCUACCAACCGAGCUAAGCCGCCUCUGUCUCUCUUAGAGUUAAAAAUGUCGAGCAAAGCCAGACUAGUUUGUUGUAAAUAAAUACAAUUUAAAAAAUAGAGGCAGCUCACUGGUAAGUUCUGCUAUUUGAGCUAUUUUUAGAACAGGCCAGCGGGCGACUCAUCUGGUCCUUACGGGCUACCUGGUGCCCGCGGGCACCGCCUUGGUGACCCCUGCUCUGGCAUGUAUUCAGUAUUUUAGAUGGUAUACUUACAAAAAGUACAGCACAUGUGUAUGAAAAAAGCCAAAGUCCACCUGGAAACUAAAGGAAAGAAAGGUGCACAAUCCUCCUAUGCACAUGGUUUGUGCCAGGGAUGCCCAAAUUUGGCCCGUUAGCACAUAUUUAUACUGAGGUCUUUCAAGCUGCACAAUCAUGGAUCAUGGACACUGUUAAAAAGUCAGUAGAUUUUACUGUAAAAAAAACAACAACAACAGGCAGCUCAGUUGUUGAAGGUAAAAUCAUCAUUUUGCCAUUUACAGUAAUGCAAUGUAUAAAAAAAGUAGUAGUGAACAUGAAAUAUCUUGUCUUUGCAGUCUAUUCAAAUGAAUAUAAGUUGAAAAGGAUUUGUUGUAUUUUCUUUUUAUUUACUAUUUACAGAAGGUGACAACUUCACCGCUUUGGGCUUUUGUACAUGAAAGAUGCAGAUUUGUACAUCAACUGAAUUAGGCACACAACUUUGUGACAAUAACUACAAGCUUGUAUUUAUUUCUAUAUGGCGACUUGAGGCUAAACUCCUCACUGGUGGUGUUUCAUGGUAAAAAUGGCUGUUUGGCUGGCGGAUCAUUGGCACAUGUUCACUUUGGCCCUUGCAGCCAGCAUGUUGGUGCAAGGGCCAAUGAUGCUAUGAAUGCAUCAAAAAAAAUUGAUUUUUUUUUAGUAUGGGUAACAUAUUCAGACAGAUUUUACUGUCAUUAUUUGGCUCAAAACAAAGUGAAAAUGUAUGCUGGAUUUAAAAGGGAAACGGUGCUUAAAAGCUAACAUGGUCACCAAAACCUCCCGUCCAAAUAAUUACAUGGGAACAUGAAUGAUGAAGGAUUAGGAUGUAGAGUAGAAUGAAUGAAUGAAUGGUUUUGAUAGCCUAUAUAUACUUCCUUUGUAUUGCAAAAAAGCUCUUCUAUUUUUUCAAUGUGGUCUCCAGAAGUACUGGACAGUAUUGGCAGUGUGAGCACAUUCAUAUUUAUCAAGUGUUUUUGAAGGUUAGUUGUUCUUUUUCUUUCAUUGGCAGCACAAAGAAAUAUUUAUUUUCAUAAUUUAUGCUGUUUUAUAAACAAAUAUUUGUAAUAGCAUAUAACAUUGGUACUUUUUUAUGCAAUAAAUUGAGCCAAUUGAG